AUGAACGUUUUUUUUUUUUUACUUCUGUUAACGCUUUUCCCCCCUUUUUCCAAAAGAAAAUUGGUCCAGGCCGCUGUGGGUCCCACCCCCCCUCUGCUCAUUCCGUUCUUUUCGCCACUCCUCUCCCUUUUCUUUCUCAAAGUUUUUUUUUCUUUCUUUUCUACUCUAUCGUUAUUUCUUAUCUGUUUCCCUUUCGCCUCCUCUUCUUCUGUCCUUCUUUCUCUCCUCUCUUUCUUCAUGCCACGUCUUCUUCAUCCUUUUAAUAUUUCUUCUGUUUUUCACGUUCCCGCUGCUCCUUGCAUUUAUUCUGUUCUUUCUUUCUUUCUUUCUUUCUUUCUUUCUUUCUUUCUUUCUUUCUUUCUUUUUUUUUACUCGGAAAUACUAUUCUCCUCUCUUCCGUUCUCUAUGUUUCCAAUCGAUUUUUUCGCUUUUCUCGUUUUCUUGUCACUAUUUUUAAUUUUUCACUCUCCAAUUUAUUUUCCUCUUUCUAACUUCAUCUUUAUUUUUACCGUUUACCACCCCCACCUUCGUAGUUCUUUUACCCUUUCCUUUUCUUUGUUUCUUCCUCUAUCCGUCCCUAUUUUUUUUUUAAAUUUCCAAUUGGUUUUUCCUCCGUUCCUUCCUUCUCUCUAUAAUUCUCUGUCAACUCCUUUUCCUCUUUCCGAUUUGUUUAUCGCUAUUUCUUUUUCUUCCUGA